AUGAGGGCGUUUCGGAACGUAUGCCUUAUCCUCUUCUCCAUAACACAAGUUGGGUCUAGAACCAGCAACGGCCAUCAAGAUGGGACGAUUCACCCGAACAUGUACCCGGCAUGCAUACGUUAUGAGACUGCUUUGAAUAAGCUCUACGAUUGUGAUUACUUUGAGAGCUACUGGGGAUUAUCCCACGACGAUUUUAUCAAAUGGAAUCCUUCAGUCAAAGCCGAUUGCAGUGGGAUUAAAGUUGGUCACUCAUACUGUGUUAAGGUCAAACAUGACCAAUCGGUCUCCGUCUCGACCAUUGCAACAGUAACUCCUCCGCCUUCAACUGUACAAAAGGGUCUCAUGAUAAACCAUACCACAAUAACAGUUUCAGCGCCUCCUAGUCCAACCUUCACACAGGCGGGCAUCGUGAAGGAUUGCAAUAUUUACUAUCGGGCAGUGGCUGGCGAUACCUGCUCCAAAAUUAUAUCCAAGUAUAAGAUAUCAGACCCAGCCCAAUUCAUAGAGUGGAAUCCAGCUGUAGGGGUCAACUGCUCCGGGCUAGGCGCAGAUUACUACUAUUGUGUUGAAAUCUCACACGUGAGCGGUAUAGGAAUCAAAGACACGUCUAGCACAUAUACUAGGCCAUUUAUAACAACGGCGAUUCCUCCAAAUUGUAUAAGAGUACAUCCUACGCCCACCCAACCUGGGUCUAUAUGCAAGUGUAAAUCAUGGCAUCAGGUUAAUUCGGAGGAUACGUGCGCGAAUAUCGAGGCGCGGUACAAGAUAACAGCGGAACAGUUUAAUAAAUGGAACCCGUUGGUCGGACCUAUGUGUAAGUUAUUAUGGGAUGGAUAUAACGUAUGCGUCGGUGUGUAG